AUGAUAAUUACGAAAAAGGAAUUUAUUGAUGAAAAUAUUAUUUUAUUACCUCUUUGUUCUCCAGUUUUUAUACGAUAUGCAGAUAAUUUACGUAACAACUACAAGUUUAUGGAUGCUUUCAAAGUCUUAUUUUCAUCUUUUAACCAUUAUACUUCAAAUGUCGCGCAAUACGUCAUAAAAUCCUUUAGAAUUGCAAUAAUGAACGAGCAUGGUGUAGACUACAUCAAGCAGAUGAUCCAUGUCGUUUUUCAAUCAUCUCCUGUAAAACCAGGAAAAAUUUCUCCAUUUGACGUUUUUUUCUCAACAUUUACAGAUCUUUCAUCACAGCUUACUAAGUAUUUCUCAGGGUUUGACUACGACGACUUUUUUGCUGAUUUAAAACAGAGAAAUGACCUUCCUCCAUCAUUUCUUCGAUUUUUAAUAGAUUUAUCGGAAUACUUCCCAUUUUCGACGGAUAUGUUAUGGUCUUAUUCUGUUAGGCAUCCUUUUUUAUUGUUUACUUACAUUUCGCAUUUAGAUUUUGAUCAUAUCACUAAAACAUGGAUUGCCAUCUUCGAGAGGAUGACGUCAUUGCCUAGAACAGAUCAGUCCCUUGAUUGGCACAUAACAAUCCUUCUUUUCUUCUUAUCUCAUACAAGAUCUCAUCCUGACUUGAUGAAAACGUUUUUGGCCAAAAAGGUUCAUCAGUGGAUGAUUUCUGUACUGUGGUCGAUCAGAUUGGAAAGCAUGAGCGAUAGAAAAAACGCUUUUUUAGCAAUAACUUUGAUUUUCACAAGAAUUGAUGAAAUUAUCGCAAGAACUCUAUCGGCAAAUGUCGUAUUUAAGGACCUAUUUGAUAAUUAUACUGAUAAUAAGUCAAACAUUGAUGUAAUUGGAAAAAUAAUUUUAUGGAUUUUGAUUCCUAACCAAGCAUUUCCUUUUCACAACCAAUUACGUAAUGAAGUAUUGGUUUCUAAUAAUGUUGGCAUAUCAAUGACCUUCACAAAAGAGAUAAUUCCUAAUUUAUUGUCAUUAUAUUUGAAAUUAGGGAUUCAAAGCACUCCUCUGUCCGAAAACUUCCUGGAAUUCUUAGAAACAUUAGUUAAAAUAGCUGUAGAAGAUAAUUACAGGCAGUUUUUGCUUGGAAAAACUUUGACAGAAGAUUUAUUGAUGAUUUUCGUUCAGCAUUGGAACGAACACCCAAUAAUAUUCAAAUUUAUUGCGGUUUCUCUAUCUCUCAACUGCAAUUUUUAUGUUUUUUCCAAGAUUUUUAAUAAUAUCUCAUCAGAUUUAGCGAAAACAAUAGAAUUUCUCAACAUAUUAUCAGAGAAUACGCCAUUAGUUAAUGAUUUCUUGCAUAUUGAUAGUCCAUUUCCCUUCAAUUCGAACAUGAUGAACGGAUCUAUCGUAAUGUGGGUCAGAUUGCAUAGCAACCUUUCUCAAAUAAUACAGAUAGUAUCAGGUAAGCAUAAAAUAGUAUUUGCAAAUAAUUCUAACAACGUUUACGUUCAAGAUAAUGAAAAAAUUAUUUGUAAAUUCCCUUUAGGACAAGGAAUUGAAGGCUGGCAUCUCUGCCACAUCCGUCUCGAGACGAAACGGUCAUCUUUUUCGUUCGAUCUUAACGAAAAACACGUAGAUAUCCCAUUAGAUUCAACAACUUCGUUAACUCUUGGCGGAGUCGAUGUUAGUUUCGAUAUUCAGUCGUUACGAUUAUUUAGGCCUGCUUUGCAUAAGUCGGAAUUGCUUUAUUUGUUCUCAUUAGGUCCAAAUAUGAAAGAAUUCCUUUACAGAGACUUUGUUUCGAUUGCAUAUCAAACACCAAGCUUUGUAAUAGGAAACUCCUUUAUUUCUUCGUUAUAUACUGAAUGGGUGAACCUUCUUUACUCAAAUGUCGAAGAAAAAGAAAUUUUUGGGAAAAAAUUUGAAUUAUCGAUUUCCCCUCCUUUCCAGGAGAUAAUUUCUAUGAGAAGAUCGGCCAUUGCAUCGGAUAAUAACAAGAAGGAAACAAUUCUGACCUCUUUAACUGAUAAUACUCCAUUGUUUUCAAACAGAUUACAAUUUAAAGAUUUUAUUAACUCUUUGGAAGCAUUUGGAGGGUCUGCGAUUAUUGCUCAUAUCAUUGCGGAAGCAAUCCUUAAGCAUCCAGACCAGCAAAGAGGAGCAAUCAAAUUAUUGCAUAAUUUAGUUAACAGAUUCCCAUUAUUCCAUGUUUCUUUUGUCAAAAAGAAGCUAUAUCAAGCUCUUGGCCAGCUCUUGUGGACUCCUAACCUCGAUUUCCACGUAAUUGAAGAUUAUGCUGUCACAUUUUACCACGAAAACAUAAUUUUAUGCAAUGUCCAUCUCCUUAAGAACUUCCUGUUUGGUCCAACCCUCUAUCAUUGUAAUUUGUCCAACUUAAUUACGAUGAUAAACCGAUCAAUUGCGAACGGACCAUAUUCCGACCACAACCGCUCUGUUCUUAUCAAAAUGGACGCAUUUACAUUGAUUAUCCAAUCGAUUUCCAACUCCACACAGCAUACACGAGGUUUUUUAGAUGUUUUAGCUAAUUUGGCCUCAUCAAUCACCGACAAAACAUCUGCGCAGACUUAUAUAUCCAAGUUAUUCAGUUUCAUCAUGAUCAACCACUUGAGUUUCUCUCUUUCCGAUUCAAAUACCGAUGAAGCAUUCGAUGCUUCCACUCCAUUAAGUGAAUUUCGGUCGAGAGUUGCUUGUCCAGCGAGUUUGAGAUCGACUAAAUCGACAGUUACAAUGAUAUCUCUAUUGACAACAUUAUUAUCGAAAUACAGAGCCAAUAUAGAUAUCAAACUGAUGCUCGGCGCUUUCAUAACAUCAUCAGUGAAAGUCCAAAUUUCAUUGAUAGAUUUGUUACUAAAAAACGUCGAAAGUCAAAAUUUACUUUACAUUUUCGGUUUUGUCAUAAUUCAUUUAGGGAAUUCAUCAAAGAUUGCGCAGUAUUUAUAUGCGUUUGGCCAGGCGAUGAUGAAUCCUUUGAUAUUUAGAAUACAUUACAUAACAAUUCCAAUAUUAUACAUGAUAUCUCAUGAAGGAUACAAUGAAUACAUUUCUGCUUUGGCUUCUGCAUCGAUUUUGACAUUGAAACAGAUGAAGACAAUCGAAACAAUAUGUUACGAACACAUGCUAAUGAUCAUUAAAAUAGUAGAAGAUAGGUUUUUAGUGCCACAAAUCAUUACAAUUGAUUCAAACUCUUUUUCUUCGACGGUUUCGCCGUUAAGUAAUUUCUUUACGGUUAUUUUACAAAAAUGUUUGGAAAAUGAGGAUUAUUAUAUGUUGGAAAAAUUCUUUAUUUCUAUAUUUGCGUUUAAGACUAUCCCUGAUUAUAGAUUGUCUUGUGUUUCUUUGUUUUUGUUGGCGAGAAUUAUUGAAAACACACAAAACAAAAUCAAAUCAAUUUUUAUAAAUUUUGUUGUCACUUUUGCGAGUUUUGUUUUCAACAGGAUUUAUUUGAUUCCUGGCGAAAAGAGUGAAUUACUAUCUAAUAUUCUUGUUUAUUUUAUUAGACAAGUGUUAGAAAACGUUGAAGACAUAAACAACAACGAAACAAUCAACAAAGUUUUUGAUAUGUUGGAUGAUUUCGCUUCUUUGAAUACUUCUAAUACAAAUUUGAUUUUGGAAGAUGUAAAAAGACACAAGAAACUAAACAAAAACAAAAGAGCAUUUGAAACAAUCGAUAGAUUGGAAAAUCCUACAUCUUUCGCUCCAAACAGAGCUAAGAAACCAAGUUUCGAUCAAGAUCUAAAGAAAUUUGAAGAAAUUGUUUUGGAAAGAGAUAAAAAAGAUGUUACUGCAUUGUUAACAAUUGUUUGCAAUGCAAUUAGUUAUCAGGCUUUGCAUGCAAGUGAUGUAACAACUGUUGGAGUGAAAAUAGAUACAAUGAUUGAUACAUGGCAUGAAGUUUUUCAAAGUUUGAUGGGAGAAAGUUCUAUUUUUGGUGAUUGUCCACCAAAAUAUUGUUUGAAUGAAACAACAACGGAUCCAAGUGUUAGAAGAAUUCUGUUCCCGUUGAAUCCGGCUAUUGAUAGAGUUUAUUUGAGUUAUUGGAAAGAAAAAUACCAAAAACCGCCGCCAAAAGUGAGAUUAACUUUAGCUGAUGUGAUGCAGUUUGCUCCUUCUUUGUAUAUGGAAGAUGAUAUUUUAUUUAAUGGUGAUGCUGUGAGAUUGGCAGGCAUAUCAAUGCUCAAAGGAGUAAUUGUUGUAACAAAAGAUUCAAUAAAGUUUUAUCAAAAACCGAAAAGUGACAGUUUCUUUGAAGAAUUGAUGCGAAUUAAGAUUUCUGAUUUACGGAGUAUUAGAUUAACGAUGUUCCAACAUUUACCGAAAGGAAUUAUCAUUGAAGAUAACAUGGAAUGUUUGUUUCUUUUCGCUUUGGAAACUCCUUCUUUGAGAGACAGAUUUGUUGAUAUUUUACAAGGAAUUGGAGUGAAAGUUAUGAGUGGAAUAAACAAAGAAGAACUCUCUAAAGCAACACAAAUGUGGUGCGAAGGAAAACUAUCGACAUUUAACUACAUUUUGAAGCUGAAUUUUAUAAGUGGUCGGUCAUGGUCUGACUUCACUCAAUUUCCAAUUUUUCCAUGGACAAUUACUGAUUUCACUUCGGAAACUCCAAGGGGAUUUAGAGAUUUCAGGUACCCUAUAUUCGCACAGACAUCUCAGCAGCAGAAAUCUCUUACCGAUUACUACAACGCGACAUUGCAAAUGAAUAUUGAGCCAUAUAAUUUUGCAAAUUACGUUUCAAACGUUGGAAGUUCCCUUUAUUUCUUAAUAAGAUUAGAGCCGUUUACUGAUGAACUGAUUACAUUCCAAUCAGGAUCAUUUGACGCAGCAGAUAGAACAUUCCAAUCCAUGCAGAUAACAAAGGAAUUAAUGAUGUCAUCAUCAGCAAAAAGUGCUUUAGAAAUGGUGGCAGAAAUUUAUUUAAUUCCAGAAUUAUAUGUCAACACGAAUAAUUUAGUGUUUCCUGAAUCACCAAUCACUCACAGGGACAUAAAUAACGUUGUGUUGCCUCCAUGGGCUGAUAAUUCUCCUGAGAAACUCGUAAGAGAAAUGAGAAAAGCUUUGGAAUCCGAUCAAACAUCUGAAAACUUGAAUGAAUGGAUUGAUUUGAUUUGGGGUGUCAGAAGACAAGGAAAUUUGGCUUUCCAAAGAUUCAACGUCUUGCAGCCAAUCAUUUUCCAAUUCGACCCAGAGAAAUACGUAAACGACAGGAUACUAAUGAAAGCAGUUAUCGAACAGAUCCAUAAUUGCGGACAAGCUCCUGUUCAGUUGUUUUACGAUUUCCAUCCAAAAAGAAAUUAUUCACUUCAAAGAAAAGUGACACUUGUAAACGUCCAAAAUAAUUUGCCAUACAAUGAUAGUAUGAAGAUGUACAAGAUCAAGAGGGAUGAUGAUUGGUUCCGGCUUCCUAACAGUUACAAAGUGAGAAUUUGCUGUGGAAAAAUUGAAUACAUGCACACAAAAUUGGCAAUUUCUCAAACAGGAAGUGCUUUCUCGUUUGCCGAUGAAAUAAGACCGAUUUGCAUACACACAGAUAACUCUGAGAUAGUGACAGGACACAAGAUACCAAUUAUCAACCAUUGGCAGGCAACGUCAAUUGGUUUGAAGCAUAAAGCAACAUUGAGAGGUCAUUUGGAAAAAAUUUCGACAGUUUUCAUUUCAUCUCAAGCGAAAAUGAUCAUUGCAGGCCAUGUUGAUGGAAAAAUAUCAACAUUUACAUCGGAUUCACAUCGGUUUUUGAGAGUACUUGAAGGACACUUGGCAUCACCAAUCACAAAAAUAGUUAUGUGCGUAGCAACAGGAAAUUUUGUCGUAGUUCAAAAAGUGAAAGAUAAAACGGUUUUGACACUUUUCAGUGUCAAUGGAAAGAUGCAAACAAUUAGGGAAUUUGAUGAGCAAAUCAAAGAUGUGGCUGUUACUAAUUUCCCUGAUGGAGUCCAUGAUAAUUAUUUCUUAGUUUUGACUGAGAAAUCAUUAGUUCUAGUAAAAGAAGGAACUUUGAAGACAAAAGAUACAUUUGUAUUAGAAGAAAAACCAAGGGCUAUGUCUAUCAACAUUUGGAAUGGAACAAAUGUUCUAAUCUCACGUGAUGAUAGAUCAUUAUCUCUUUGGACUUUCGUUCCUCAAAAAUAA